AUGGCAGAAGCUUUAAAGACGAAAUUCGACGAAGAGCUCAACAAACUCAAGCAGUUGGAGAAAGAUAAGGAAAGAUACAUCAGCAACCGUCAACAGUUGGAAUCACAACUAACUGAGAAUAAUCUCGUCAAAAACGAAUUCGAUCUUCUUGAUGAUGAUGCCAAAAUUUACAAGCUAAUUGGAGCCGUUCUCGUUAAACAAGACGUCGUCGAAGCCAAAGCUAAUGUUGGAAAACGCCUGGAAUACAUAAAUGCUGAAAUUAAGAGAGUUGAAGAUAACUUGUCAGACUUCAAUGAGAAAUCUAAGGAACAGAAGGAAAAAGUUUUAGCCAUCCAGGAGAAGUUCAAACGCGCUGUUGCCCCUUCUCAAUAA